AUGGCAGACGAAAGAGACGAUACAAUUAUUUACGAUGAAUGUGCUGACAUCUUGUCUGACGUUCCGGACGAGUUGGCUGAUUGGGAAAAAGACAUUAAAUAUAAAGAAAAUGAAAGUGGAGCAGAAUCGUCUGAAGAUAGCGAAAUUCUUACAAGAAGAAUUCAGCGAACGCUACAGUUGGCAAGUGAUUCGGAUGAAUCAGACGAAGAAGACAGUGCACAAUGGUCAGACUUUGAUUCACCGAGGACCAAUAAUAAAUUUGAAGGGUCUCCGGGUCCAAACAUAUUUCCCAAAGAUACAAAGAACAUCGAAGAUAUCAUAGAAUUAUAUAUUGGUAACGACCUGUUCGAAUAUAUUAGCAACAAAACCAACAAGUACUACAGCCAAAAUUGCAGUAGAAGGAAAGUGGAUAAAAAAAAUGCCAAAUUUGUCGACCUUACGGCACCCGAACUUAGAAAAUGA